CGCACAGCAAGCCUGCCAGCAGCCACCCUCCUCCCGUCAUCGUCGUCGUCGUUCCACUCGUCUUCGCACACGUCUCCGGGCUCCUGUCUUCGACAGAGCGAGCUGCGACACACUGGUCUCAUCUUCCCUCAGCAAUUCCCUUUUCUUUUCACGCCAGGCAGUUGCCCACUGUCGUCUUAGCAAUAAGCCGCUUUAGUCGUUCGGAGUCGUAAGAGAUAUGCAGACUAUUAAAUGUGUAGUCGUCGGUGAUGGUGCCGUCGGGAAGACUUGUCUUUUGAUCUCGUACACAACGAACAAGUUUCCCAGCGAAUAUGUCCCUACCGUCUUCGAUAACUACGCUGUGACUGUGAUGAUUGGCGAUGAUCCCUAUACACUUGGUCUGUUCGAUACUGCCGGUCAAGAGGAUUACGACCGCCUCCGCCCACUAUCAUACCCUCAAACAGACGUCUUCCUCGUGUGCUUCAGCGUGACCUCACCAGCGUCUUUCGAGAACGUGAAGGAGAAGUGGUUUCCUGAAGUUCAUCACCACUGCCCCGGGGUACCAUGCCUUAUCGUGGGAACCCAAAUAGAUUUAAGGGAUGACCCGCAAGUUAUGGAAAAGCUGCAGAGGCAGAAACAGCGGCCCGUCGCAUCUGAGAUGGGCGAGAGGCUUGCCAGGGAACUCGGAGCAGUGAAGUACGUCGAGUGUUCGGCGUUGACCCAGAAGGGUUUGAAGAACGUGUUCGACGAGGCAAUUGUUGCUGCCCUUGAGCCUCCUGUCGUCAAGAAGAAGAAUAAAUGUGUCAUCCUCUAAUAUAGUCCAUACUUCCCUCAUAUUGCCCUCGAAUACGACCGUACCGCCCGUUCGUCAUAUAGUCCCUUCACUUUCUCAUGACCAUCUACGAUCUUCUCCCUAUAUCCCGUGCACAUCACACACUUCUUCUCCUUUCACGUCUGUCUCUCCCUGUCUCUAUUACCUUUUUUCUGUCUCCGUCUUCUCUGUCUGUCUCUCUUCUGGCGUCGUGUUUGUCUUGACUCUUAUCAUUCUCUUCAUCAUCUCUCUAUUCUGCUUUGCCUGCUCCAGACGCCCGUCCGCCUGCCCGCCCAUGCCCCAUCCAAUCGAACCGACCUCACAGCACUCCCUCGUCAAUCCUUUCCCCUAAUUUCCCACGUGUUUCGUCACUCGAUCGCUCGGUCAGGCCGUUCGCUGUUCGGGUCGUCGGUUCGGUACAUAGCAGGCAAGGGGCUGGAAGAAAGACGCUUUGCAGUUGGGCAGUAGUCGGGCUUACUAUUUCGUGCCGGUCAUCAUAUUUUUUCCAUCACCAUGUGUUGCGGUGUGUACGCCUUUCCCCCGUCCGUUCGGUUGUCCUGUCAGGCCGUCUCCUUUCUCAACUUCAGGCAGAUUAGGAUGUCCUUGUAGUUCAUAUCUGGGGAAACGUUUUUGGGUACAUGUGAGGGAUCCAAUACCCUUA